GGAAACAAAAAAUAAACACAAUUAAAGGAUGUCGUACUUGCUCACCGAAAUAGCAUUGGAAAUGCUGGGCUACAAGUUCUACGACACCAAUGGGACGUUUCAUCUGACCAAUUUUCAAACGAAUACGGCCCUGGCAGACACCAAUCCCAACGAGCCUUCGUUGGAAGAAUUAAUUUACUCCGAUGAACCUAGGGUAAAUGGGAAAUCUACUAAAGCCAAAAAAAAGGAGCCAGCUGCCUCCACAAGCAAGGGUCUUUCUGCUGAAAGUGCUCCGAUGCCUCUCAAUAAUCGACGCACGCCGGCUCGAGCCCUGGCCAAGAUCAUGGACUACGAAAGUGACAAAAUUUGUAACCAAAUCCGUUCGCGUCUGGCCAAGUCGAUCACCAAGCGCAAUGCUGCCAACAACGAGACGUUGCUGCUAGAGUGCUUCCAGGAUGAGACGAAAAUGAUCCAGGAGGAUGCGAUUGAAAUACAAAAUUUCCGCUCGUACCUGGAAAAUCGUCUUCUACUAGUCGACAAGCGUCCGUACGAAAAAUACACCAAGACUUUCGGUCCAGAGUGAAUACCAUUUCGUGCGAUAGCGUAAGGAUAGUCAUAAGCCUGUACAUGUUCAAAGAAUAUCUCAACAAUUGCAUUAAAGUGUAAUAAAACAGCCAUGCAUCUAAUGGAGCGCACUGUCUUUCCGCUCCAUCUGAUGCAUGAAAAUUAUCAAUAA